GAGUUAUUAAUGUGUUUGGCGUAGUGUGUGUUGGUGUGCGUGACCGAGUGAGGGCUGUUGUGGUUAUUGAACUGGUGCUACGUGUGGUACAUGACGGAUUCUUGAUUUAGUAUCCAGAGAAGAUUCCGUCUCUGUAAAUAUGACUAUUUUAUCCAAGAAGAAGUCCAGUGGACCAGGAAAAUCGGAAGAUCAAAAUGACUCGGGGAACCAUCAUGGAGGAACUCAUUCUCUUUCACUGGCGUCGAUACAGAGCCAUUCUCAGGCCAGUGAGAGUCAUGAAAGACUAAAUUCACCAUCGUGCUGGUCAAGGGAAGAGAAACGAAGUCCACAUUAUGAUGACUAUGAACAUGAUAGUGGCCCAAGCCAUGGAGCAACAAAACGUCGACACCGUUCCAGUCCUCACAGAAGCAGUCGAAGUAAGCUACGCGAAAGAAAUGCAGCCUCCCCACCAAGUUUUGCUGGUUGUAGUGGAGUUGUUGUCACUUCACCAAAAGCAGGUCCAUCUCAGUCUGCUGAUGACCAUGCUAAUGGUUACAACAGCGGUGAUGAGUAUGGACCGUGUGAUGACCAAGCCCUGAGUGAGACUGACUGGUUGGAGCGUGACCGUUGGUUUGAAAAAAUUAUCAAGAGGAAAGGCUUCAUCAUCAAGAAAAUGGAAGAAGAUGGGGCAUGUUUGUUUCGUGCAGUAGCUGACCAAGUUUAUGGUGACCAAGACAUGCAUGCAGUCGUGAGAAAUCACUGUAUGGAUUACAUUGCUGCUAACGGAGAUUAUUUCUCUCAUUACGUCACAGAGGAUUUUGACAGGUACGUUAACAGGAAGAGACGUGAUUAUGUUCAUGGAAAUCACAUAGAGAUGCAAGCAAUGAGUGAGAUGUACAAUCGUACUGUCGAAGUAUUCUGUUAUGGAACAGAACCCAUAAAUAUCUUCCAUGGAAAACACAAGACAGAUAAUGAGCCUAUAAGAUUGUCAUACCACCGUGGAAGUCACUAUAACAGCAUUGUUGACCCUUAUAAAGCAACAAUAGGUGUUGGCUUGGGUUUACCUAGCUACACACCAGGACUUGCAGAAAAAAAUUUAAUGAAGGAAGCUGUGAGUGUUAGUGAAGAUUUUCACAUUGAGCAGACAAUGUUGGAGGAUAAACUAAGAGCUACUGACUGGGAAGCCACAAAUGAAGCUAUAGAGGAGCAGGUGGCUAGGGAGAGCUAUUUACAAUGGUUACGAGACAAUGAGAAAAGAAACAAAUCAAAGCUUCCAGUUACAGAGACUGGCAGCUCGGCAACUGUAACUUCAUCAGAACUGAGGUCAUCUCCUAGAGGCAGAUUUCCAGGACACGGAUCACCACCGCGUUCAGACUUAACACGCAAUUCUCCAAAGACUGGUGAAACUCAUUUAGAUGCAGCAGUAGCAUCUUCAUCUGAGAGCAAUAACUCAUGUGGUGACCACAAGCGAGCUGCACAUUACCAGGGGUUUCAGCUGUUGGAGACAGCAUCGUUCAUGAAUCAUCUGUCGCCUGAGCUUUUUGGGCUGACUGAAUGGGAAGAUGCUGACAUUUUGGCACAAGUAUUAGCUACUUCACAGCAGGAAUACAUGGAUAACUUAAAGAAACAACGAGGGCCAGAAGAGAUGAAUGAUCAAGAGUCUAUAGACAGUAACCGACCAUCGACAUCACGGUAACAAAUAAUUCAGGAUAUUGUAAGUGUGUCGGCAGUGAGCAUGCGUGUGUGCAUGCAUGUGAAAGUGUGUUGUGGCAGAAAGACAAGUAUUCUUCAAUCAUUUACUUAAAACUAAUUGAAAAAGCAGCUGCCUUAUUAAAAUAUAUUAGCAAAAGUUUUUGCAGAUAAGCAUAGUGCAAAAGUGUAGAUAGUUCCGGAAACAGAGCACAAAACCUGCAAGGAGUUGUGACAUGCAUAAAAUAACAGAUCAAAUUAAGUGAAAUGUGAGACAUCACCAUUUUUUCAUCACUUGCAUUGUAAUAGGUUUGUGUUCUGGAUUUAAACAAUUUGUCACUGUGAUGUACUGGGAUAGCCAGUCCCUUUCAGACAUUUAAGAAGAUCCAUCAAUUCCAGUCUUUCAUAUCAUUUCAUAUGAAGUAAUGGUUACACUAAUCAGUAUAAGACUAAUAACUUUAUUGUACAAUAAUCAUGCUGCAACAAUUAGUUGCAUUUAGAGUUUGCUAUCUUUUCAAAUAAGAGGAAUAAUUUGUGAAAAUAAUCAUCUGAUCAUUAUGAAUUAGCCAUGAUUGAGGAAUCAACUUUUGAGUAAACCCCUAGGGGUUAUUCAAAAAGUCUGGAGGAAGCUUAGAAAGCAUUGUGGUUGUGAUCACAUAUUAUCCUGCAAUUUUCAAUCAUGUUUACCAGAUAAUGAUUAGAAAAUUUUGUGAUAAAAGUGUCACUCAAGUACCAAGCAAACCUUACAUACAUAAAUACAUACAUUCAAAAGCAAUAGUCACAGAUUAAUAAAAUUGCUAAUAUUUGUCAGUUCUAGAAGUUAUUUAUGUUGUUGUCAUAAGUUUCAUUUACAUAUUCUGGCAGUUAUGAAUCACAGUGAUGAAAAAUCAGUAUCAGCUAUUUACUUUUUAAGAAAUGCAAUAAAGAAAAUUUUGACAAACUCAGACGUGCAGGCUGUAUUUCUGUAAUUGAAGGUGACUGACCAUCACAAUCACUUCUGUGAAUUUAAAGUUUAACCAGUAAAGAGGGGUAAAACAAGUAGGUAGGCUUAUGACAGCAGGCAGGUGGUAAGAAUGUAGUACUCAGAAUUAUUGCUGAAAGAAUCUUGUAAUCGAAUGAUGUAAAGAUAGACACCAAGAUAGGAAGGAAGAAAAUGGAAUAUAAAUUGAUAUAAUAUUGUGCUUUGCUUGUUGUUAUCAUUAGGAAUAGGUAAGUGUACAGUACUAACAACAGGUUGAUUGUUUCUCAUAAGUAGUGUUGAAUUUUGUAGGACAUGUUUUAAACACUCUUCAGUUAAUGUGUGCUGUGGAGCAGUAAUAAGUUUAGGCAGUUAUACUAGAGAAUCUGGAAUUACUUUAUUUUUGAAAAAACUCACAGUAAUGAUUGACCAGUAUCUAUCAAAAUUUCGUGUUGGGUUUUCGAAGUCCCCAUGUUUGGUGCUAAGCCCUUACUGUAUUGUUAUGUUGGGCACUGUCAACAUUCAGAAUUCUUCGCCCAGGAUUUUAGAUGAGUUUUUGCAGGUUCUGUUAUAUCAUUGUCUUGUUAAUUACUGGCUGGUUCCCCAAAAUAUUAAUAGCUUAUUGGUCCUCUGACCAUUUUAACUCCACACAGUAGUGCUGAGACAAUCGGGCCAUGAUAUAUUAGGCCACAACUUUUCUACCCAACUAAAUUAAAUCUUUCUUAGGGACAUUCAUUUGCUGUAAAUAGUUCAAAAUCUUAUACAUUGUGCUUUGGUAUGAGGUCUUGUAAUUCAGUCUAUCAGAUGUCUUUGGAUAUUUCAUCUGUUCCGUUACAGUAUAUCCAUUAUUGGUGUAAAUGUUCCUUACACAUGCUUUAGUUAUCUUUUUGUAUGCUUAUCUGUAUUUUCCCAUUUGGUCUUUUAUAAUAUUUUCUCCACGUAUUUUGUCACAAGAAGAAUGAAAUGUAAUCGUAAUACAGUGAUUCAAUUAAGUUUUUCAGAUUUCAAACUGUUUAACACAAUUUCUUGGCACUAGUUGGCUGUAAUGUAUCACUUUUAACUGGUAUACAUGCCUUGCAAUAGCAUUGAUUUGAAAAAUAUAUAUCGGUUUUUAAUUAUUGUGGUUUGGUAAAGUUUGAUCUAAGUUAAAUUUGUUUAUCUAAUUGUAAAAGUACAGCAUUCAAAAAGUGCUGUGGUUAAUUGACAUUCUACAUUAUUGUGUCAGUGUCUGUUUACAGGUAAACAGCAUAUGUCUUUAUCAGAUUGAUCUGUUCCUAAUUCUAUUGCUGUGUCUGUGUAUUUGAGUGAGACUGACACUGUUAAUGAGAUCCAUGGUUUUGCCGAUUACAUUCAUAGGUUACAGAAUUCGAAGGUCAGUGUGUGAUGAAACAAUCUUUAAGCCUUCUGUUUAUUCUUGAGCACCAUCUAAGAUACAUAAUUUGGUGCUGCAAUUGAGGUGGGAUAUUGUUUAGUGGUGAAGGUUGGACAGGCUGUGGGCGAGAGGGUGGGAGUGCCUCCCCAACACCACAAAAAAAAAAAAAAAAAAAAAAAAAAAUA